CAAGAUGGCUCCGAAGAAAACAAUUGUCAGAGAAAAGCAAAGAAGGACCCCAACGCGCCGAAACGGCCGUUGAGUGCCUUCAUCUUCUUUUCAAAAGAAAAGAGAGAAGAAAUCAUCAAAAAGAACCCAGAGUUGAAAUCGAAACUGGCAGAGGUGGGGAAGAUGGUGGGGGAAGCAUGGGGCAAGCUGUCGGAAGCACAGAAGAAGCCCUACGAGACAAAGGCGGUGCAAGACAAGGCCAGAUACACGAGUACGCGCCCGAGGCUGCCACGAGUAUCUAGUCGCAGAAGACAGCAGCACGCACGUCGUCGCAAAACUGUCAACGUCCACGUAUCUACCAGCGCCAUAUCUGCGCAGCGGAGCACGCCGCGCAUCGCUUCGAUGUGUUUCCUCGUGGAAGCAUUCAGCACCACCGCUCAGCAGUCAUGGUUUUCAGUAUCGGUGCCUGACUCUACCCCUGUGGGCCUCCUCUGCGCUGGGUCUCGUCAAGCAUCCUAUCAUUUUCUAGCCGCGGCUGUUUCUCGAAGCACGCCGCGGACAUCGCUGUGGUAUCCUUCCCAGUGGAAGCAUUCAGCACCACCACUCAGCAGCCACGGUUUUCAGUAUUGGUGCCUGACUCCACCCCUGCGCGCCUGCGCUGCGCUGGGUACCCGUGAAAAGCACCUUAUUCUUCUCUGUUCCGCGGCUGGUGCUUCUUCAAAGCAUGCCGCGCGUAUCAUUUUGAUGUUUUCUUCAAGGAAGCACUCAGCACGACCACUCAGCAGUCACGGUUUCCAGCAUCGGUGCCUGUGUCUAGCACUACGUGGAGAGUGCGCCUCCGCUGCGCUGGGUAAUUCAAACACCUUACCACUUUCUAUUCCGCGGCUGGUGCUUCCUCAGAGCAGACCGCCUCGCUUUGAUGUCUUUCUUAGUGCAAGCAUCCAGCACCACCACUUCCCAGUCACGGUUUUCAGUAUCGGUGCCUGA